UGGGUUUCCAAGUCUUUCAGCCUGAUGCGAUCUCUAAGAGUCGAAACAUAUGAGUAUAUGUAUGACCUGAUCGCAUCUUCGACGACGAUCUUCUACUGCUUCGGUCGAAGCAUCCUAGGGAUAGACUACUAAGCUUAUCUAGAUACGCACAGCACAGAUGCUCUGGUGAUUGCCCACCAUGUCAGACGGCGGUCAAGCUCUCCCAUCAGCACCAACCAACCCUAACCCGACGAGUUGGCUUCAAGACUUGGGCAUUGCCAUCGAGGUGGUAUGCCCUGCGCUGGCGUUGAUAGUGGUCUUGUUGAGGGUUUAUAUCAGGAUUGAUACGAAGAGCUUUGGUUGGGAUGAUGGCCUCAUCGUGGCGUCGAUGGUGCUGAGCAUUGCUCUGGCAGUGGGCUCAAUUCAAGUUAUGAAAUUGCUCUUCAUCGGAAUUCACUACUACGAUGUUCCCAUGCCCUUCGACCCCACUGACGGGCUUAUUUGGAUCUACGUCGUGGGUGCCGUCUACCAGCCCAUCUUGACCCUAGUGAAGCAGUCCGUCCUCGUCUUCCUGCUCCGCUUCUCCGGAGUGAAGUCCGGCGUUCGGUAUGUGGUCUGGGGCACCAUCAUCUUCAACACGCUGUUGAUGGUGGCCAUCUUCUUCGCCGUCAUCUUUCAAUGCUUGCCCAUCGAGAAGAAUUGGCGUCCUAUGAUCGACGGGUACUGUUUUGAGCAGUUCAAAUUCGGCGUCGCGGCGGCAUGUCUGACGAUUCUAACGGAUGUUGUCGCCGUCGCUCUGCCGUUCUACAUCUUCCUCGGCCUGCAAAUCAAUAAGAAUAGGAAGAUCGCGUUGAUCGGCGUCUUCAUGUUAGGUAUCAUCGUGACGGUGGUGAGCGUGGUCCGUCUAUACUUCCUCGCCCAGAAUUUUCACGACACGAGUCCCGAUAAGAACUUCUCUCUCGGUUUCUGCGUCUCAUCUAUAGAGUGCAACCUCGCGAUUCUCACGGCGUCGGCCCCGGCUCUGUGGCCGCUCAUCCGGCGUUGGAUGCCUCACCUCAAGUCGUCGGGCAAUGGCUCCUACUACGCGCAACACAAAUACAGCGGCGCGUCGCACGCGCAGCAGCAGGGCUAUAUCAGAACUACGGACGGGCCCGAGAGCAAUAUUGCCUUGAAAGAGAUGGGCAGCCGCCGAGUUCGCACGGAGAUUCGGUCAGCCCAGGACUCGGACGAAGAGAUUCUCACGGGGACCGGCAUCAUGCGAACUACGCAGUUUGUCGUUUCCACCGAGGACGACUACGCACGGGGGGGGACGGCUAGCAAGCAAGACAAUCGCACGGCCCAUUCGAAAGUGUCGAGUAACGGCUCGCUGUGAGCUGCCGUAUAUAUCAUGUAUUUACAAUAGCAACCGACGGCGUUGGAAAAGUUUGUGCCUAGACAAAACAAUAGUAAGGGAUUGUCUACUAGUAUGCUCUUACGACAUCUAUUCCCGAGAUAUGAACUUGUGUGCAGAUACCUCGACUGAGACAGCCGCGGUGUGAAUGUGUGUUGCCGUCUCGAGAGCCUAACGGCGUCAAUCUCUGGCAGAAUCAACUUCAAUUCUGCCUUCAGGUGCCUAGGAAGCGGGCAAGGAGACAGUACUCGGAUGACGGCUAAUGGAUGAUAUGACGAAUGGAGUAACAAGCCGGGAGCCGUCCGUACCUAUGUGAU